AUGUCCUCCACUUCUUCUCACAGUUCUUUCUCUUCUCGCAGCUCUUCCGAAGAAAAUGGAGAAUCGCAUCGAGUUGAUUUGAGUUUAUUGAUACGAUCAUAUCAUAGAUUGUUUAGAGAUUUAGAGAGAAAUGUACAAAGUAAGGUUAGCCGUCGUGCUUUACAACCUCUUGUGGAUGAGAUAAACGAUGUUUACAAUAUCAUCCAACGUAUUUUAUUUGAGAGAAUGGAAAGCACGCAGAAUCUAUCAGUAUUCCAGGAAACACUUUUUUAUUUUAAUAGUAUAGUUGACCCAAGCAGGGCAGAAGAAUUGCUUGCGAUGACAGAGAAUCGAGCUGUUGGUGCCCCUCUGCCCACAAUCAUUUCAGAGGGGCAUGUUGAUGCAGGACUUUCAUGCCCUAUUUGUAUGGAGAAUUUCCAAGUUGGAAGUGAGGUUCGCAAGAUGCCCUGUCAUGAAUGCCACUUGUUCCACUCCCAUUGUAUUAAGUCAUGGCUGAAACGGAAUAGCACUUGUCCAAUCUGUAGGACUGAAGUGGAAUCAUGA